UCGGUGGGCACCACCGCCAGCCAAUCACUGGGCGUACGGCCCUACAUCUCCUCCCCCUCGCCUCCCGUGGAUCAGCUGAGGGACCCGAGAUGUCUGUUGACAGCGGCGGCGGCGGUGGCUGUGCGGCCGGUUUCGGGAUCCGCGCAGGGAGGGUGAUGUGAAUCCUAUGGAGCUACACGGGGAAGAGCAGCCGCCGCCGCAGGAACCCUGGGGGAGGCUCCUUCGUCUAGGCGCAGAGGAAGACGAACCGCAAAUUCUUCUUUGGAAACGCCAGUGGACCAUCGGAAGGAAGAGAGGUUGUGACCUGUCUUUCCCCAGCAAUAAACUGGUCUCUGGAGAUCACUGUAAACUUAUAGUAGAUGAAAAAUCUGGUCAUGUGAUACUGGAAGACACCAGCACAAAUGGAACAGUAAUCAACAAGAUGCGACUGGUUAAGAAGCAGGCUUACCCUUUACAGAGUGGGGAUAUCAUCUAUUUGGUAUACAGGAAGAAUGAGCCAGAACACACUGUGGCAUACCUCUAUGAAUCUCUAAAGGAAAAACAAAACUUGACUCAAGAAUCCUUUGAAGCCAAUAAAGGAAAUAUGUUCCAUGUGACCAAAGAUUCCUCAGGUCCAGGGAAGGGUGAUGACCGCCAGGUUCCACCAUUGUCACCCAUGGCUCAAACAUGUUUAGAGGAACCACAGCCAUCAACAUCGACAUCAGACCUCUUCCCCUCAGCCUCUACCUCUUCUUCGGAGCCAGAGCUGACCUCUGCAGGGCAAAAGCAUUCCUCUAGCUCUGGACCUGAGAAUGCAGUCAUCUCCCCCCAAAAAUAUAGUUCACUUCUUUCAAAUGGUGAACUCUCUAGCCUUUCUCCAGUUCUCCAAGACAAAGAAGCAUCCUUUUCUCUGUUGGAAACCUAAGACCAUGAGGAAUUGGAGCCUGUCCAAAAAAAGAUGAAAGGAGAUGGGGAGCUUGACUUGGACCUCCAGUUAUUGGUUGCAGACCAGCGUGGAAAUGCCCAAACCUCACAAGAGGCCGGCAGAGUGGCCUCUGUGAAGCCAGACAAGAUGGGGGAGACACUAACCUGCAUCAUCUGUCAAGACCUUCUGCAUGACUGUGUGAGUUUGCAGCCUUGCAUGCAUACGUUUUGUGCGGCUUGCUACUCUGGAUGGAUGGAUCGUUCGUCUCUGUGCCCUACCUGCCGAUGUCCAGUGGAGCGGAUCUGCAAAAACCACAUCCUGAACAACCUUGUGGAAGCAUACCUUAUCCAGCACCCAGAUAAGAGUCGCAGCAAAGAAGAUGUGAAAAGUAUGGAUGCAAGGAAUAAAAUCACUCAAGAUAUGCUGCAACCCAAAGUUAGGAGGUCUUUCUCUGAUGAAGAGGGGAGUUCAGAGGACCUGCUAGAGCUGUCAGAUGUGGACAGUGAAUCCUCAGACAUCAGUCAGCCAUAUAUUGUCUGCAGACAGUGUCCUGAAUACAGAAGGCAAGCAGUGCAGUCUCUUCCUUGCCCAAUCUCAAGUAGCGAGCUGGGAGUUACACCGGCCCUUGGUGGGGAAGCACCAUCGACAUCUGCCAGCCUGCCAGCAGCAGCCCAGGAGUAUAUGUGCCCUCUUCAAGGAAGCCAUGCCAUAUGCACCUGCUGCUUCCAACCUAUGCCUGACCGUAGAGCUGAACGUGAGCAGGGAUCCCGUGUUGCCCCUCAACAGUGUGCAGUGUGCCUGCAGCCCUUCUGCCAUCUGUACUGGGGCUGCACUCGGACUGGCUGCUUUGGCUGCUUGGCUCCAUUCUGUGAACUCAAUCUUGGUGACAAGUGCUUGGAUGGAGUGUUGAACAAUAACAACUAUGAGUCGGACAUCCUGAAGAAUUACCUGGCAACCAGGGGUCUGACAUGGAAAAAUAUGUUGACAGAGAGUCUCCUGGCUCUACAGCGGGGUGUAUUUCUACUGUCUGAUUACAGAAUCACUGGAAAUACUGUGCUGUGUUACUGCUGUGGUCUGCGUAGCUUCCGAGAGUUGACCUACCAGUAUCGGCAGAACAUUCCUGCUUCUGAGUUGCCAGUGACUGUCACAUCCCGUCCUGAUUGCUACUGGGGCCGUAACUGUCGCACUCAGGUGAAGGCUCACCAUGCAAUGAAAUUCAAUCACAUCUGUGAGCAGACAAGGUUCAAGAACUGAGUAUUGGAGGAGACACAUAAAACAGUUACAGAGCACAGGAGGCAAUGACACUGUGUUUUUUAAAAUACCACAUACAAACACUUUAAGGGCAUUUUUGACAGUUUCUCCUAAGCAGCACUGGGGUUUCUGGUCAGGCACUCUGGUGUGGCUUUUCCCUUUGUGAAGCUUUACCUUCAGUGAGACGUGUAUGUGUGCAUGUACAUGCACGCACACACACACACACCAUGUGCCCCAGUAACAUGGGAGACCUACUGGCCACACUGACCUGUGGUCAGUGCAGGAGGAUCAGAGACCUAGCUCUCUCCCACUAGGCAGCUCUCACCUCCUGUGUGGUGAGACAGUUGAUGGUGCAGGUUUGUACUUGUUUGUUUUCUACCUUGAACCUUGACUAAGUUAAAAUGGAAAAAGGGUCAGCUAUGUGAGAAGCAUUCUAUGGAAGGAAAGAAAGCAUAAGUUUACAGCCUCCAGGGAUGUACAGGAUAUUCUGUCUGGAAAGACACAGCCUUUUGUAUAUUUUUUAUUUUAAUAAGUUUGGUGCUUAUCAUCUAAUAAGAUUUAAAUAUUAAAAACUAGCACAAAUACUAUAACUUAUACUUUACAAAUUGACUGAAAUUGGGAAUAGUCUGAUAUAUGGAAUAAUGAGCAUAUAUUUCUGUUUAUUUAAAAAAAAAAAAAAGAUCGAAUGUCCAAAACUGCUAAUCCUGAGGCGGAUGUCUUGAGUAUCCAGGUCCCUGACACAGGGCUGGCCAAUGCCUCUUGUCUAGCAGGGUACAGCCUCUGCCCUUAGCCCUCCAGUCCCUGAGAGCAGCCCCCUGCUGAAACUCCAGAUGGCUCCAGACUGAUAGGGCCUCUGCUUUCCAAGCCCUGUCCUGGUACAUUAGGUUUGCCAUGUAAUCUGGAACAAUACUUGAAAUUUUGUUUUUCAGGUUUUUUUAAGCUUUUUUUAAAAAAAAUCUUUUAUUGAAAUCACCUGUUAUGUUUGUUUGCAAACUGCUAACUUUUUGCUUCUCAGGAAUACGAUUUUCAACUGUUGUCUUGCUCUUGAUAUAGACUGAGAGGCAGCACUCUGUGUUUGUGGGAGAAAGUUCUCUCCUUUUUUUUAUUCUAAUAAAUGAGCUGUGUUUGUUUCUC